UGAUUUUUGAUAAAAACAGCGAAGACUGUAUACGUCCCCAUUUGAGUUUUGGGGUUUUCAAUUUAUCGGAGGCAGAGUCUUAACGGGGCUUCGGCUAUUCACAGCUCUGCUUGUCUGUGCUCCUUCGCCGAGUUCUCUGGUUGAAGGGUAUUAUGCUUACCGGGGAAAUUCUAGACUGCAUUUGCGGUCGUUGUAGGUAACAAAGUCCUUCUGGAGCCAUAUCAAAAACAGAAGCAUAGUUCCGUGUGAAUUCCCAAACUAUGUUGUGUAGCACCGGUGUUCUCUCUGAAGGAAGCCUAUUCAGCUACCCUGUCAUUGGAAUUAGCUAUGCUACCCACUGGAGCUAAAGAUUCCCAACUCCGUGAGAGCAGCAACCAGAAGGUCCACCCACAACCCAUGGAAGAAGCCACGAAUCAGAAUCCUGAAGCUUUGGAAGCCCUUAUAUCCAAGAUUUUUACAAACAUCUCCUCCCUGAAGUCAGCUUACAUCCAGCUUCAAGCUGCUCACACUCCCUAUGACCCUGAUAAAAUCCAAGUUGCUGAUAAACUUGUAAUUUCUGAGCUGAAGAACCUGUCUGAACUCAAGCACUUUUACAGGGAGAAAAACCCCAAACCAGUAUGUGUUUCUCCACAGGACUCUCGUUUAGCUGCAGAGAUCCAAGAACAACAGAGCCUGCUGAAAACCUAUGAGGUUAUGGUGAAGAAAUAUCAGUCUGAAAUUCAGAAUAAAGAUUCUGAGGUUCUUCAGUUGCAGCAGCAGAUUGAGGAGGCAAACCAGAGGCGGGCGAAACUGGAAAAGAAUCUUAAGCUUAGGGGCUUGUCAACAAAAGAAUCAGAAGGUUCUGCAGAUGAAAAUGGAUUUUUCCCUGUAGAUCUAACCCCUGAUCUCUUUAGAUCUGCUGUAGAAGCUGCUUUCAAAGCCAUUCAUGAUUUUUCUAAGCCAUUGAUAAAUAUGAUGAAAGCAGCUGGAUGGGAUCUUGAUGCUGCAGCAAACUCAAUUGAACCUGAUGUCAUUUAUGCAAAAAGAGCCCAUAAAAAAUAUGCGUUUGAGUCCCAUAUCUGCCAAAGAAUGUUCAGUGGCUUUCAGCAGGCAAGCUUCUCCAUCAAAUCAGACAAUCUUAUGGUCAAUAAAGACAUCUUCUUCCACCAGUUUCUUGCUCUAAGGGAGAUGGAUCCAGUGGACAUGCUAGGCCAAAAUCCAGAUUCCAUUUUUGGAAAAUUUUGCAGGAGCAAGUACCUAGUGGUGGUUCACCCAAAGAUGGAGGCUUCGUUCUUUGGAAAUUUAGAUCAGCGAAAUUUUGUAAUGGGGGGUGGGCAUCCAAGGACUCCAUUUUACCAGGCUUUUCUAAAACUGGCGAAGUCAAUCUGGCUUUUGCAUAGGCUAGCCUAUUCAUUUGAUCCCAAUGUAAAGAUCUUUCAGGUUAAGAAAGGGACUGAAUUCUCUGAGGUUUAUAUGGAAAGUGUGGUGAAGAAUUUGAUACUGGAUGAAAGUGAUCAAAAGCCCAAGGUUGGACUAAUGGUGAUGCCUGGUUUUUGGAUUGGGGGCAGUGUGAUCCAGAGUCAAGUUUAUCUCUCGGGCAUGAAGGUUGCCGAAUGACUUGGCAUGUGUAUGCAAAUCUUCGUCCCGAUUAGUGUGGUAUGUAUGUUUGAUGUGUUGCCUUUCCUAUACUGUAUUUUGUCUCUGUAUCUUAUGUAAUAGUAAUAACUGGUUUGGAGAUGAAUAGCUUUUAAUUACCUGUCCAA